AUGGAUGCAACAUUCUCAGCAUGCCUGACACAGGCUCUGGUCGCUGAGGAUAAACAUUUGCUUGAAAAUGCCUUAAAGGUAACCGAUUUGACAGCGAUUACCAAGACAGUAGAAUCUUUGCCAUCAGCACUAGCAUUGUCAUUAUUGGAUAAUCUAUGCAAUAGCAUUAGUAUUUCCCCUUAUAGACUUUAUAGCCGCGAAGGGUGGAUAAAUGCCAUUUUAAGUACACAUUCUAAAUACCUAGCUUCAGAUCCAAAGGGGAGAGAGCUGCUUAACAAACUUCGACAGACAUUGCUAAACCGUCUCAGCUCUACUGAAUGUUUACUGAGGUUAAAAGGCAGAGUUGAUACCAUUGUGCUGCAAUCGAAUGUUCAUAGAAACAACCGCACACUUAUUGAUAAGGAUAAUGAAGAGGCUUUUAAGCCGCAUUUGACUUAUAAAGAAGGAACUAGUGGAGAAUGA